AUGCAUUCUUUAGAACUUUCUCCGAGGCCGAAUCCCGUUAUAUUGGAAGCGCUGUCACUUAUUUUGCUGACUCUGCCACCUUCGCGAAGGCGACGGCUGCAUCAUCUUAUAAGAUUCAUGAACAAGAUUGCUGCAAAUCAUUGCCUUCAGCUUGAUCAGCAGCAUUCUAAUCGAUAUGCGGUUUUGAAAGGACUAUCUGGAUGCAUAGUAUCAAUGGGAUUAGACUCUCCUCCGUUAUCUCCUUCCCAAUGCAUCCACCUUGUGACAGUUCUUCUUGACUUUGAACAUGAAAUUUUUGCUGUGCCUGAGAACCUUGCAUCAGAAGUUGAUAAAAUUGUUCAAGAACGUCAGCGAGAGAAGGUAAUUAUGACCGAACAACAUCCUGAAAAGCUGUCAGUUCCCUCAGAAAAACAAGUGCAUUUUUGUCGCCCUAUCGAGACUGGCGAGUAUGAAACGCAGAAUCGACAUCUCAACGAAAAUCUAUUGGAACUCCUGGAGCAAAUCUGUACUGAUGAAAAUCUGUCAAUUGCUGAAAAGAGGAGGAGGUUGAAAAAGGUGUUUAUCUUCAAAUUUCUGGAACUUAUAGUACUUCUCAUCUCCUUUUCUGUGCUUUUCCCUAUUGAUCAAAACGUCUCAUUUAUGUUGCCUUGCAUUGAGUUGUAG